AUGGUGUUUUCUAUUAUCUUUGACCAGUCUCAUUUCGAUGGUGUUAUGCUUCGUUUUCGCUUGUUCCCAUGUCCCCAACCGAACAAAACCAAUUCGAUCAGCAAUGCUCGUACUACCGCAUCUAUAUUUUCAUCACAUUCUGUAACUACUCCAAUUACCCCAACUUGCGAUUCACCUUUGCUACCAAACACAUCGGCGACUGUCUCAAAUGUAUCAGUCCAAUCUCCCUUUCGACGACACCGACCGCGCCGGCAGACUCUUCGUUCUUGUGGCCGACCAGUCUCAAGCCCGCCAAGUUGCUCAAUGGAUUCUACUGAAUCCGAUAUAAAAUUAUGCAGUAACUGUGACUCCAACAAAAAAAAGCAAUACCAAACAUAUGAUCCAUUAAAAGGGCUGGUCUUAGUUCAACCUGACAAUGAUAAACGAGAAUAUGAGUCAUCAUCUUCCUCUUCCUACUCUUCUAGUCCUCAUGAUCAUCCCACAGCAGUCCCAGAGAUUCGCCAAUACUUACCCAAUCCACUUGAGUCGGUUGGGCAAGUAGUCCACCUGACUAGCUGGAUUGAAGUUGCGAGCGCCGAGUCUGCAUUUAGGUAUUCUAUUUUCUCAGUUCUUGCAGUGAUGGAAGAUGGUCAAGUUCGUCUUUGGAAUUUGAAUCCGCAUAUAUCCUAUCCCGUUGACCAUCAGCUAUUCCAUCCAGAUUUUUUAUACCCGACUACAAUUUGGCCAGCACUUCACAUUCCUGACCCGCUGUUGCCUGAUUUAUGCCUUGAGACUUCCCUUAAUAAUCAUCUAAAUCGGCGAUCAUCACUUCUGCCUCAGAGUGAUGAAUUUGGCCCGCAGAUACUAAAUCCUCCCUUUCCGGGCUUAUCCAUCUCUUGGUUCACUUGCCGUCGCCUUUUUACCAUGUCUCAUUUACGAGAUAACUUCACUCAUGAUUCUUCUGAAAUUGGCCCCAUCGUCUGGAUAAGCGCUGGCUACGAUGGUCAAGUCUUUGGGCGUCAACUAACCUCAUCUGAACGGACGAACACUUCUGCUCCUGCCAAUUGUGGUGUUGACUCUUCUACUAUUCACGGUUGGUCACUGAAUCUGCAUUCCGCGCAUAGAUCUCACGUCAUCUGUGAUGCCGACGUCGAUUCAUCAGGCUUUUGGCUUGCAACUGCAAGCGUCGAUCAGACGUGCAAAAUCUGGUGCCUCCGAACACAAACACAGAUUUUCUCCACUUCUCAGAAAAGCUGCAUUCGUUCAUGCCGCUUCCGACCUGUAUUUGCGCCUGACGAACUUUACCUGGCCACAGGAAACGAUUCCGGACUGCUCAUGAUUUGGCAUAUAAUACUUCCUCAGAGAUAUGUCAUUUCUUUUGCCUAA